AUGGCACCAUCUGCUGUCUACAGUACCGUAAAUGAUGGACUCGGAGCACCAUUAAGGUCACCUCAAAAGUUCAACAACUUGUCCUCAAGCUUCAAUCAUGGUACUAUUCUCAUUGACCCUCCCCUCAACCCAAAGCAUCGGUGGUGGUGGGAUAAAUGCGCACCACUUUUCAACUCCCUGCUCAAUAGCGCCGAGUCUUAUACACCGGAGGAGAAGGCAGACCACUUGCGCGUCUUCCGCGAUGUCGUUGUGCCUUCCUUCGGAAUCCCGACACCAAAGGCAAAAGUGAGACCGCUUCUGACCUACGAUGGAUCGACAUUCGAGCCAUCUUGGAACUUCACCAAGGGUGACGACGGCUUCAUCCGCUACUCAUUUGAGCCCCUCGGCGACACUGCCGGUUCUGCCGAUGAUCCCUUCGCUGGAGAAAUUGGCAAGUCCAUGAUCCCAAUACUCUCCCAGGUCUCCUCCGACGUCGAUAUGCGAUGGUAUGAGCAACUCAUCGAGGCCUGGUUCGUCACUCCUGAAGAAGCCGCCGCUGCUCGUCUAGCGAUGCCUGGUUUCUUGAAACGUGUCCCGCAACUUUUCCUCGCCUACGACUUGAAGGGUUCAAAGCGCAUUCUCAAAUCCUACCACUUCCCCGUACUCAAGCACUUCGCGACGGGUGCGGCGACAUCAGAUAUCGUUUUCGACAUGAUUCCUAAGCUGCAGCCUUGUGGAGACAAGCUCGCCAAAUCGGCCGCAAAAGUGCAGAAGUACUUGGCGACGUGCAAAGAGCCAUGCAUAGUUGAGAUGAUGGCUGUCGACUGCAUCGAACCCAACAAGGCGCGCGUCAAGGUCUAUGCUCGGACAAACUCAAACGCAAAGUCAGUGCUGGCAGACGUUUUUACCCUGGGCGGAGCCCAGACCGACGAGGCCACAUUGAAGGGCGUAGAGACCGCGGAAAAGAUUUGGCACCUGCUCCUCGAUGAGCCACAAGGCAUGGCGGCGGAUCAGAAAAAAGAUGCUCGAGACAUGCAGAACCUGCACAAGGGUAUGUGUUUCGCUUUCGAGCUGAAGCCAGGAGCGGAGCGCGUCGACAUCAAGGUACAUUUGCCAUGGGGUCAGACUGCGAGCAGCGAUACGCAGACUAUGAAGAACUUUGCGCAAGUGCUAAGAGACUUGGGAUGGGACGAGUCUGCAGACAAGUUUUGGCGUGGUGCAACAGAGACUUCCAAACUGCCUGGCAGCGACUAUUCUAAGCCUGGUGGACUGGCUUAUGUCUCUUACAACUAUAACGAAUCUGGACCUUAUAUGUCUUCCUAUUUUUCGCCGAUGAUUCAAGAAGACUGA